AUGUUACUCAAGUUUACAUUAAUAACUGUACUUACGUACACUGCCUUCGCGACUAAUGAAUUAGAAAGCUUGCACGGGAUCAACGCAGGUAACAGAGUAACUCUAUGCAUGAAUCCGGGCAACGAAAAGGACGAGUGCGAGGGUGUUAUGUGGCAAAGGAACUGGGUCCUGGUAAAAGGCAGCUGCGUGGCCGAUAAGGCAUUGUAUCCUGUCAUAGUUCUCCCGGCCAGGUCUGCGGCUUGUGAAAGUAUUGUAACAGAUUUCUAUGCGCAAGUGGAGAAGAAAUACUUAAAGGUUAUUUAG